AAACCUCUAUAAAAAUGUCCGAGGAUAUAAAUCCUGCUGUUAUUAAGCACACCCAAGAAACAUUGGGUAAAUAUGUGAAGAAACCACAUUUAACGGAAAAACUUUUACGAAAGCCACCAUUUCGUUUUCUACAUGAUGUUUUUACUGUGGUAAUCCGGGAUACAGGUUGUUUUGAGGGCCUGUACACGGCGGAUGAAUUGAAUUCCGACAAUAUUAAAGAUCGUGAGGAUAAAAUGCGUUUUCUACAAAAAAUGAUUGAUGUUGUGCGAAUUUGCACAAAUGUUCCGCUUACGGUAAAAACUUCGAAAAUUGUGGCUGGCCAUGAGGCAGAGAAGACGAAUGAAUUACUCCAGUUAAUGGGUAAAAUUAUAGAAAAUAAAUUAAAUUGGCAACCGGCUGUGGAACAGGUACUCAAAGGAAAAGAUCCGAAAUCCAGCGAAAAACCUAAAGAAAAAUCAAAAGAUAAAGAAUCCUCGAAGACAAAGGAUGCCACAAAAGGUAGUAAAGUUUCCAGUAAAACUAGCAAACAAGCAACCGUGGCCAAGGAAGAGAAACCAAAACGUUCCAAGGAAAAGGAGAAGACAUCCUCUACCACUAAAGAAAAAACCUCCUCAAAGACCAAAGAGAAGGAGAAAAUCCCGACUAAAUCCAAAGAAUCGGCUAGUAAAAAAUUGAAUAAAACCGAUUCCCAGAACAGCAAUAAAACCGCAUCACCUAUUGGUGAAGUGAAAACGAAGAAGAAGGAGGAGACUUCUAAGGUCGUAAAUGAAGCACCUCAAUGUUCCCACGAGGAAGAGGAGAAGAUGAAAGAGGAUGAAGUAAAGCCAACUGAAGUGAUUCGCAAAAAUAGUCUAAUGGGAGAUGCCGUAAAUGUAGAUCAUUUAAGUGCUGAAACUAAAGCUCUGGAAUCGCUCGAUGCAAAGCCAGAUAAGGAUCCACCUGAAUUAAAACCCUCCCGAACCAGUAGUGGUAAAAGUUCAGGAGGAAAAUCUAGAAAAGCCAAGAAAGAAAAUAAGGAAAUGUCGCCGGCAAAGGAAGAUCUACAGAAAUUACCUUCACCUAACAAUGAAAAUACGGAUGAAAAUAAUAGGCAGGUGUCGGGAAAACUAAGACAACUGGAGGUGGAAAAUGUGGCUAAUGGCAAUGCGGUGGAACGAAAGAAAUCAUCAAGCAGAUCGCGUAAUAAAAUUCCGAACAGUGAGAACUCCUUUGAAAUUUCAAAGGAAACUAACAAUGCCGAACAAUUUUCGGCAACUCUGAAAGACCCCAUGGCAGAAUCACAACAAGAAAUUCAAACACCCAAAAAACAAAGCUCUGCCAAAAUACGCAGAGAAGAACCCAUGGAACCCAAAAAGCAACCCACACCACCAAGUCCCGUUAGGCCCCAGGAAACUAACCCUGAACCUUUACCAGUUGCCAUUGCAGCUGGUCUUGUCAAUCCCCCUGCCGAUCCGGUAAUCAAACGUGAAUCCACUUUUAUAAGAGAAAAUUCGAAAGAUUCAACGACCACAAAAACCAAUCGUCCACGAACUUCGCUAAGGCCACCAUCAGCAAGACCACCCUCUGCAAGGCCAGGUGCACCACGUAGACGUGAUCGUAAUAUUGAAAUUAUUCUUCAACCUAACGAUCAGAUAAAAAUGUCCGGCAUUCAAGUGAAAUUGGAAAAUUUUGGUGAUCUGGAUGAUGAUGGUGAAAAUUUGGUGAUUAUUGAAAAUCCGGAUGCUAUAAAUUCGGGGGAAUUAAGUGGAACAGAUAGUGCUUUGAAAUCGGAUCUGGAUAUUGCCGAUGCAACGGUGGAGCAGCAGGGACAUUUGGUACAACAAAUAUUGGAGACACAAAAGGAAUUGACUCAGCAAAAGGAUUUCAAUCAACAGAUUAAAAAUGAGAAGGACACAGUCAAUGGCAUGGUAAUGAAACAAACAUCCAUGAAUAAUUUACGCGAUGUCAUACAAAAUUUAACCAAGUCCAUUAAUCCUUUGGGUAAACUAAUGGAUUUUAUACCGGAAGAUAUUGAUGCUAUGCAGCUGGAGUUUACAAUGUGGCGGGAUACAUAUACCCAGGCCGCCAAUCAAUUGAAAAGGGAGAAGAGCCUCACCGAAUCCGCCACGGAACCAAUGAAAAAUCAAUUGCUACAAAUCGAAUCGAGCAUACAGGAAUAUAUGGAAAUGAUCGAUGCCAGCCGGGUUAAAAUUUUACAAAAUAAUGAAAAAAUAUUUAAAAUGUUAACACAUUCCUAAUUGAUUUGUUUAUUUUUGUUGUUGUUCUGUUGUUA